AGGAAGAAGUUAUGGCGGUGAGACUUCGAGAAGCAGAUCGUAUUGCAACUGUGGCUGAGCUCCAGCAACACAUAGCAGAGCUAGAGAUUCAGAAGGAAGAAGGGAAAAUACAAGGACAGCUCAACAACUCUGAUUCAAGCCAGUACAUCAGAGAAUUAAAGGAUCAAAUUGCAGAACUGAAACACGAGCCUGGCUCAGUGGAACAGUCAGCUUCAGAUUCGUUGUCUAAAAAGUCAGAAGGGCUUAUCAGACCCACCCACUUUUGACGGCAUCCAUAUCGUCAAUCACAUGAUCGGAGAUGAUGUGUCAUUCCAUUCGUCUGAUGAAGACUUUGCCACCGGCUCACUCGGACAGGGGGAUGUCCAUUAUGGCCUGACCAAAAAACAUGCAAAGAUGAUGUUGGUUCCUUCCGACUUGGACAGCAGCGACAGUGACGCCGAAGAACUAGACAUCCUUGCGGAUUCCGAUGCAGUGAUCCAAAAACCAGUGGCUACAAGAACAGAAUCUUACUCCACUGCGGUCUGAUCAUCACUGUGACUCUUCAUCAAAUUGAUGGCAAAGGAUACUCAUCAAAAAAAUUGUUAGUGUGUCUUGGACUAUUUGCAAAUCUGACUGACCCAGCAUGUAUAGAACUUCUACUUGCCUUCAUACUUUGCCAAACUGUCACCAUUGCCACACACUAGAAAAACCGGUCACUGGACACUUUUGUGCUAACAGUAUUAACAAAAUCUUUUUCUUGCAAUGUUUUAGUUUUAGACCAACGCAUAACUUGAUUUGAUGAGCAGAUAACCGAGACCACUUAUUUUGCAGUUUACCACACUGGUAGUGCUAAUGUCAACAUUCUUUAAAACAAAGGAGAAACCUGUGCAAUAUUGCCUGUUGAACAAAGCAUAUGCCCUUUUUAUAUAUGUAAAUAUUGCGUGCAGUGUCUAGCUACACUCUUCAAAUCCACCCGCUAAGGCGGCAAUGCUGUCAAACUG